AUGGCUGCUGUGAGUUCUGUAAGUACUCGAUGAUACGUAUUAAUUUCUGUGUGAGAAUUUUAACAGCGGUACUUCUUGUUUAUGUUCUGGUUAAGACAAGCUUCCCUGGAUAUAACUUCAUUCUCGAAUAAAUAAGUCAUCUAUCAUCAAUUAUUCUUUUUAGAUAUCAAAUGUCGAAAACCUAUCUCCACAAAUUAUUCGACGUGUAGCUAAGGAAAUGAGUGAAUUAGCUGCACAACCACCCGAGGGUAUCCGAAUUAUUUUAAACGAAGAAGAUGUUACUGAUAUUCAAGCUAUCAUAGAAGGACCAUACUUUCCUCAAGGACCACCAAAAGCAUUUUUCCUUACAAAAAUUUUUCAUCCAAAUGUUGCAAAAAAUGGAGAGAUUUGUGUCAAUACUUUAAAAAAAGAUUGGAAAUCAGAUCUCGGAAUUAAACAUAUAUUACUAACUGUAAAAUGUCUCUUAAUAGUGCCAAACGCAGAAUCUGCUUUAAAUGAAGAAGCUGGUAAAUUACUUUUAGAAAGGUAUGAUGAUUAUUCUGAACGAGCAAAAAUGAUGACAGAAAUACAUGCACAGGGAGGUGGAAAAGGCAGCAAAGCAGGUCUGGAAAGUUGCACAUCCUCUGAAGUCGGAGGACCUCUCCCAAAGAAGCAUGCAGGAGAUAAAAAAUUAUCGGCAGAAAAGAAAAAAAUAUUAAAAGACAAGAAGAGGACACUUAAAAGAUUAUAA